GUGAAGGAGCGGGGGGUCGGAGGGGAGAGCGGUAAGUAGGGACCACAGGUCCCCUAGUUUAGACAUCACUGAGCGACGGAUGGACAGCCAGUCAGACCCGUCACAGCACUCGCUCGAGUCCUCGGACACCUCGAGAAAACCCAAUACUAAGGAGACACUUCUCGUUCCCGGAGCUGAUACCAAGUCGAACCGUCGAUACCGCUCAGGGGGACAGGAACACUGGGCCCGACAGCGUUUCGUAGAAUCUACCACGUGAGCGAUCCUUCGACGAGCGUUGCGCAACGCGCAGAGGCUUGUCAGUGAGAAUUAGCAGAUGAACAGUGAGGAAAAUACAGUGACACGUGCGGUGAUCCUGAGAGGAACACUUAUGAUCGAGAUACCGAGUUGUGAGACAGUGUCCCAACGAGUGGAACUCUGAGGACUAACAAACGAGAUCAAUGACAAGUGCGAGGCUACGUGUUUUCACGAGUACGACGAUAGAGGGUUAGCAUUGCGAACGACAAUUCUGACAACUGUCCGCAACUGUCACGUGGAAAGUUUACAUCGAACGGUAGAUACAGUACGAUUCAAAGGACUGAAAGAUGAGCGUAGCUCUUGUAACAAUGGAUUCUGCGUACGGUCUUCGAUUGGGGAUACCCAGUCAUCACCACCACCAUCACCAUCACCAUCACAGGGUGCGAUCUCCGGAGAGUCGCGUGAGUUCACGUCAAGAACAACAGCAGGAUCAUAAAGACGAUAUUGAAACGCCUCUAAGAUUCAGCGUGGUAAACAUUCUGCGACCAGAUUUUGGACGAGAAGCUAUUCUCAGUACGAAAGUCUCUAAACAAAGCAGUUUGGUGCCCGGACAUUCGACGACGAUUCCAGUUCCGAUUGCUCGUCACAGUCCUCUCUCUCUCCCUCGCGAUUUGAGCUUAUCAUCGAACAGAUUGUCGCCUACCAGGCCGCAGACCAGCAACUUCUCCGUACACAGAGACAGGGAUCUGUUCUCGUCCCAUUGCGGGCUGACGUCACCCCUUCAGAGGACCACCGGUUUGAGCAGAAGCGGAAGUCUCGAGAGCUUGGCAAGUAGUAGGAGCUCCGUUACCGGAAGCUCUGUGACCGGAGCUCCUUCUUUGGGCUCCGCUUCCUCCACCAUCGGCAGCGAUUCCUUGAACGGAGAUAGCAACAUCGGAAGUACAUCCAACACCACUACCAACCAAACCGGACUCAACGGUCAGAGUCCUUGGCCGGCAUGGGUUUAUUGCACCAGAUACUCGGACAGGCCAUCUUCCGGACCGCGAACGAGGCGGGUGAAGCGAUCGCAGAGUACCAAGAACAGCACACCGGAAGAGAAACGGCCAAGAACUGCGUUCAGCGCGGAGCAGCUUGCAAGACUGAAAAGGGAGUUUGCAGAGAAUCGAUACCUGACCGAGCGAAGGAGGCAACAACUGUCGAGGGACCUGGGCCUGAAUGAAGCCCAGAUAAAGAUUUGGUUUCAGAACAAACGGGCUAAAAUCAAAAAAGCCAGCGGCCAAAAGAAUCCUCUCGCGCUUCAGCUGAUGGCCCAGGGUCUCUACAAUCACUCGACGGUACCCGUCGACGAAGACGGCGAGGAAAUCGUGACCGGGAGCAAUCAUUCUCAUUGAACGAUGAGAAAGUUAUCCGACUCUACGAAGUUUCAUUCUUCCGUCAAACUGAAGUAAAUAAUGAGAAACAAUGUUUCUAAAAUUUAUAUUCGAUGGCGAAAGAAAGAAAGGAUGUUUGAAAUUUUGUUCGAAUUCGGACAGUGGUUUUUAAAAAUUGCAAUCCACUUCUCUGUAGCUACAUUUAGCGAUCACCAAAUAAUUUUUUACUUAGUUUAGACGUAACGAAUCUGUGAAUGGUAAAAUUUGAGGCGAAUGCUAGAUAAGAGAAACGAGUUCGACGUUCAGUUUCGUACACAGUCGGACGACAGACUGAGCCUUCAUAUUUAUCGAGUAUACUUAAUGUAGAACUAGAUACACGUGAAUGUAGUAUACAAACGAGCUCGAUACGAUCUUCAUCGAUUAGACGCUUAAACUAUUUAUUUUCCAUGUACAUAAUUGUAAAUACGAUUUCUCGUAAUGUGUAUAUGUAUGAUAAUGAGAUAAUCCUUAAUUGCCGCGCGAAGAUUACAUAUAUUAUUGUGUAUUGCGUACGUACGUAGGCACGGUCGCGUGAAUACGAAAACGAUCUCACACUGUAUAUUCCUAAUUAUCGUACGAGUCCAUAAUCUGUGUAAAUACAUGUAUAUUGCGCUGGUAUAGACGAAGUUCGAAGGUAUACGUAUAUUCCAGUGUCUCACAAUACGUGGUCGAUAUAAUCUAAUG